AUGAAACUCGAAUUCCGGAGUGCCCGGACAACAGCUAGCGGACUCUAUUUCCAUACGAUUUUUACUUUCGACCGUGUGGAGUCAAAUUUUACACCUCCGUGCAAUUGGCGAGAAAUAGAGAUGCAGCCCUUAGGAGCGACGCGAAUGUAUCGUGCCACGAAUGUCCUUCGCACAGCCUUAAGACUUGUCGAGUCACCCACCCAAAUCGUCAAUUCAACUGCUCCGGAGAUAUCCAAUCUAUGCACUGUUAUUAAAGGGCCAACUCAAUCAGGGAUCUGGUUAGGCUAUACGGUCUCCCUCACGACGGUCCUUGACCGAAAAGAGUUCCGUCUAGAACACAAAUGUCGGCUCGGGCUCAAGCUUGCCUCCUCUGUAAUGCAGCUUCAUGCGACUUAG